AUGAGCACAAAUACCCCAGCCCACGAGCUCGUCGCUCUCAUCUUCUCUCCGUCCACGGAAACCUCGACUGCAUGGCAGCACAUCUUCACCAAUGUUGCAGCAACGCUGGAAAAUCACUUUGGUCACGCUCUGCCGACUUUGAGUUUCCGCUGGCUUGACAGUAAUUGCAAGACGACGGAUCCCGACCAAUUCGCAUCGCCAGGCCGUGUCCUUGAAGCCAAGUUCUCCAUCCCAAACGCCAUCAGUCUCCGCGAAUGCAAAACUCUCACCGACACCAUCCUGCAGCCCAUCCAAUCGAAGCAUAAAAUUGAGCUCCUCCUUCAACCAAGCUUGCUACAUCGCUCUCAUGCACUACCAGGCCUCGCCGUCUUCGACAUGGACAGCACUCUUAUCCAGCAAGAAGUCAUUGACGAGCUUGCACGUGCAGUCAAUCUCUACGAAGAAUGUGCUGCCAUCACAGCGGCGGCCAUGCGGGGCGAGGAACCCUACACGGAUUUCGCUGCCAGUCUGCGCGCGAGAGUGAGACUCCUCAAGGGCGUUCCCCUCAGCAUAUGGGACGAUCUCAAGCGGGACGUCAUCACUUUCACCCCCGGAGCCAGAGAGCUGAUCAAGGCAUUGCGAGGACUAGGCUGGAAAACUGCCGUUCUUAGUGGAGGCUUCAUGCCGCUCGCGCAAUGGGUUCAGUCAGAGCUAGGUCUCGAUUUCGCCCUUGCGAAUCAUCUCCAAGAAGAUGCCGAGAACCAGUGUCUGACCGGGGAGCUAGUUGAUGGGAGAGUGAUUGUUGAUGGCGACAUGAAGAGGACUGUCUUGAUGAGCUUGAGCGAGGAGCAUGCAAUUCCCAAGGAGAGGAUCAUUGCGGUCGGCGAUGGUGCGAACGAUUUGAAAAUGAUGGAGGCUGCGGGCCUGGGAAUCGCGUUUCAUGCCAAGCCAAAGGUACAGCUCGCUGCAACCAGUCGAUUGAACACGGAGAGUCUUCAGGAUGUUCUGUACGUUCUCGGACGCACCAAGGACGAGGUUCAGUCGCUUUUGGGUGCCAAAUGA